UUUGUGUUAACUGAUCCACCUACAGACACUGCUCCAUCUAUCUCACCCUCCUUUUGUUGUCUCACCCUCGUUUGCCCACUCCUCUUCUCCUCCCUCCCUCCCGCAUCACUGUUUUUGUUUCUCCUGGUUCAGUCACUGUAGCGUUCGCAGGUUUGACCGUCCACAUUACAGCCGGCGUAAGGAUGCGAGGGAGCGACCUGAUGCUCUGUUUACCCAGAAGUCUCCUGGUGCGGCCCUGAUUUGUUAUUUAUGAACUUGGUGGAACCCGUUUGACCCAUUUGGGCUGUGUGGAUACCAAAGGAAGCGGCUGAGGGGGAGGGUGAAGCCUGGCGAGCGGCGGCUGAAGACUGAAGUGGCCUCGUCGAGGCUUGGACCCCGGCGUGUUUAUUGUUAACAAGGACGCUCUUCAGCUGGCGGCAGCAGUAGCAGCGGUGUCUGAUAAUGAAACCUGCUGCUUUUUCCCCACUGGAAACAUAAUUUUUGUUUUAUUCUGAAUUGGAUUAAACAGAGUGACAGGAAGAACCCCUUUUUAAUCUACUUUGUAAGGACAAAACACUACGAGGUUUAAAAAACCCUGCGGCGAUCUCAUCAAGCAUCACUAUUUUCAUCCUUCGCUGUGACAGGAUACACUCGCAGCAGCAUCAGUGGCCUUGAAUCCAGGUAUCAGGUUCUACCUGAUCCACAGAGGUAAGGCUACACCAAACCAGGAGAGGGGAGUUGAAAUACAACUGUAGCUCAAUAAUCCUGAGUGUGAUCUACGGUCCAAGGCAAAGAACCACUUUCAAUACACACACACACACCAAAAACCCAGACUGGCUGAGAUCCACUUCUCCCACAAGGCCUGGACUGUGAAGCCUGAUUGAUCCUGCUUCUGCGGGGCUGCCACAGGUGGCUGCACAGCUAUUGGCUACUCAAUAAUGCAUUAACUGAAACCCAGGAGCAAAAUCAGGGGAAAGUGAGCGACGCUCUGAAAAGGUGGAUGACAGUCAGGGUAAAGCUGACUAUUAUAUCUGGCUAACCCAGCAAAUUGGGGGACACAGGGGCAGAUGUUGAAGAGGAAAAGAAAAAGAGAUAGAAAUGGCUGCUGACAAGGUGAGACUGGGGUGAGGAUCUAAAGAAGCUCAGUGAAAAUAGACGAGUAAAUCGAAGGAGUGGACUUUGAAGGAUAAGAACAAAAAAGACACUGAUAUUGGAUAUUAUCACUCUGAAGAAGCAGCAGGUGUAAAGAAGUGUCAUCAUGGUGAACACUGGCAUGCAGCUCAUCAGCUUCACCUGCGCGGUGACUGGCUGGAUCAUGGCGAUCGCCGUCACAGCCCUGCCUCAGUGGAAGGUCUCGGCCUUCGUCGGCAGCAACAUCCUGACCUCGGAGAUAAAGUGGGAGGGCAUCUGGAUGAACUGCGUCUACCAGACCACCGGCCACAUGCAGUGCAAAACCUACGACUCCAUGCUGGCCCUGCCUCCGGACAUCCAGGCGGCGAGGGCCCUCAUGUGCGUGGCCAUCUUCAUGGGCUGGCUCUCCUGCACCGUGUCCUGCUGUGGCAUGAAGUGCACCACCUGUGCCGGGGACGACCGCCGAGCCAAGGCCGGCAUCGCUCUGGCAGGCGGCAUUCUCUUCAUCCUCACGGGCCUGUGCGUUUUGAUUCCGGUGUCCUGGACGGCCAACACCGUCAUCCAGGAUUUCUACAACCCUAACGUCCCCGUGAUGCACAAGAGAGAGCUGGGUCAGGCCAUUUACCUGGGCUGGGCAGCUGCCGUCAUUCUCAUGAUCAGUGGAGCCGUGCUGAGCAGCACCUGUCCCCUCAUGGCGAGGAGCGGCAGGUACCGCAGAGGGUACAUGGGUCGGAGCUUCGCUAAUUCACCUGCCUCAGCACCAGAUCCUCCAAAACCCAUCACAUCCAAUAAUCUACCACUGAAGGAGUAUGUAUAGACAGAAUUAAGAGGGUGAAGAUGUCAAUAACUGCUUCUUUCCAUAGAUUGUAUAUGAAAAUGGACGUAGCCUCUCAGUUUGAAAAGCAAAGAAGUUUGGGAAGUAGCAGUUAGCCACCAGGGGGCGACUGCACUGGUUGCAAAUAUAGACUUUAUAUUUAAAAAAAAUGGAUUUUGUCUUCCACUUUGCUGCUGAUGCUAAUCAGGACAUAAGAAUAUGUAGAAAAACCACCAGGGGGCGACUCCACCGGUCUAUAUAAUAAUUAUAAUUUGAUAUAUAGCAUCAGUAAAUAUUUUUCUGAGGUGUCGAUGGACUCAAUCACUAGUUUUAGGUAUACUUCAAUAGAAAAUGAUGUCAAUUUAGUAAAUUAUAUUCACAUUUACAGGACAAGAGACAAUAAAUCAUGUCACAUUUGAGUGGAUUGACAGCCAGUAUCAGUAUCAUCCAAUAGGAACCUAAUUACUGGUGAUAUCUGUGAACUUCUGUGAUGUGGCUUCACUAUGGCACCAGCAAGAUUAUGUCCACUUUCUAUACAGUCUAUGGUUCUUUCCCAAAUUCCGUGUGCCUGGUCUUAGGUCUGUGACUAUUACCCCAACGUGAGAUAUAAAUAUUUAACCUACAUUUUUGCUCGGUUUGUAUAUCUCUUUGUAAUGUUCUCAUAACUUAUUUUCAGUAUUUAAAACAUUUACGUUGUGAUGUUAUAUGACUUUUACUGAACAGUGUUGUACAAUAGAGCCUGAAGAAAUCCCAAUACUGUCAAAUCGCCAC